AUGGAUAAUUUUUGGGAUGAAGAUACUAAUAAUACCAAAAGGCAACGCAGUAAUCCCAUUCCAGUUGUAAUAAAAGUUGUAAACGGUUUUGAUUCUGAAACUUUUAUAAAUGAGCUAAAAUUUCAACAUCAAUUUAUGACAAGUGGUAGAAGAUUCCUUAGAUUGUACGGCGUUACUCAGAAGACGGAUACAAAAGAAUAUGUAAUUUUUCAAAGAUGGAGACAAAAUCCUCCACAUUAUAUUUUGGAUCAAUUUGAAAAUUCAAAAUAUCAUACCGAAAAUAAUAAUGAUGCAAAUGAAGAUAGCAUUAGUCAAAUCAUUUAUAUUAGUCGUCCUUUGUCUUAA